AUGGCAAGUCUUCAAUACGAGAAAGACGAAGAAAGCUCAUUUGACAUAAGCAUCGAGGACAAUGAAAAAGGGGGAGUGUCGAACUACGAAUCUAACACGAAUCUCACAAAGCAAAUUGGUGGGCAAGCACAUCAGAUUGCUUCAAAGGUGGAUGAAUAUGCUCGGGGAAUGAUGAGUGCCUCUAAUUCUACAUUGUUUGAGGAACUUGGUCUGUAUUAUAUAGGUCCUGUUGAUGGGCACAGUGUAGACGACUUGAUCACCAUCUUUGAGGAGAUUAAGUCCAUGCCAGUUCCUGGUCCUGUCCUUAUCCAUAUUGUGACAGAGAAAGGAAAGGGGUAUCCCCCUGCUGAGGCUGCUGCAGACAAGAUGCACGGUGUUGUGAAGUUCGAUCCAAAAACUGGCAAGCAAUCCAUGGCAAAAUCCUCCACCCUUUCAUACACCCGAUACUUUGCAGAAUCACUCGUCAAAGAGGCCGAGGUUGAUGACAAGAUUGUGGCUGUGCAUGCUGCCAUGGGAAGUGGCACUGGGCUGAAUUAUUUCCAGAAGAGAUUUCCAGACAGAUGCUAUGAUGUGGGAAUCGCAGAGCAGCAUGCAGUCACAUUUGCAGCUGGUUUGGCCACUGAAGGCCUCAAGCCUUUCUGUGCUAUCUAUUCUUCAUUUCUGCAACGGGGAUAUGAUCAAAAUGGAGAAUGGAGAAUGGAGAAUGGAGAAUGGAGAACCGAGAACUGA